AUGAGAAUUGAAGAUACUAGCUAUGGCAAUAGCAAACAUCUUGGAUCAAUCUACAACCGCCUACAAGCCCUUGAAGGAUCAUCUCAUGCCAAUUACAAGAGAGAGAGGAGUCCAACACCCAACCACCCUCCCUUUUAUUGCAAUGCCAUCACAAGAAGAAGCACUACUCAAGUCCAUGAGGACAAUGAAGAAGAAGAAAGAGAGUAUGAGGAACAAUUGAAUGAUGAAGAUGAAGAGCAGAGCAUCGACAUCAAUGCUUCCCCAAAACAGAGCAUGGAUACACCAAGCCCUAGAGACCCUCGUUUCUCACCAAGAAGUCAAGCUUCUACACUUCCAAGAUUGGAAGCAAUGCAAAGACCAUCACCACCUACUGAAGAAGAAGAUACUUGGCAGUAUGAUCCCAUUGAUCCCAACAAGAUAAGCCCCAUGAAGCUUAAAGAGUUCAAUGCUAAGGUGAAAUCACUUCCAUUCUAUGUCACUUUUGAAGAAGCUUGGGAUAAACAUGGUCUAGUGGAGUUCUUUUUCACAACUAGUGAAAACAAAGAAGAGAUACACCAACUUUCAGGAAGGCUCGAUUUCCCAUUGCCCCUCAUGGAGUCAAUCAACCACCAUCACCACCAUCAUCACCACCACCUCAGUGCUUGGCGCCACUACCCAUUCACCCCUUUCUUCCACAACUGCAAGGAGACACCUGAGGACAUAAAAGAGCUUUUUGAGAAAGCUAAAGUUCAGCCAACCUUCAAGACCCUCUACAAGAUUGAAGACCCAGGUCAAUUCUCUAUUCCCUGUCAAGUAAAUGGUCAUUACUUUGAUAGAACACUAUGCGAUUCUGGCUCUUGCAUAAACCUCAUGCCAACCCAAACCGCCAAACUCCUUGGCAUCACACGCUUGCAACCUGCUCAAAUUAGUAUUGGACUUGCUAACCAUACUAUAGCCAAGCCAAGAGGAGUUGUUGUUGAUGUUCUUCUAGAGAUUGGAGAUAUCAAGAUCCCGGUGGACUUUCAUGUCAUAAACAUUCAAGGAGGAUGUGACACACCAUUGAUACUAGGCCGACCCUUUUUGGCCACUGCUGGAGCUGUCAUGGACCUUCCAAACCGGCGAAUGACCAUACCAUUCAUCACACCAAACAAGCUGUCUUACCUCAUCACUGCCCAAGGCCGCCCAAGAGAGCCACCAGACCACACUCAAGGUCACAAUGAGACAAGAACUAAAAGACUAUGUCUCAGGCCGUGCCCUUACCCCAUCUCCAACUAA